CCCCAUAUAAAACGGUGGUUCUGGGCGGGUGGAACACUUGUUAUAUUGGUCCCGUCAGCAUCGGUGAAGUGCAGUGUUCCGCGCACGCCCUUUCGUCAGCGUUUUCUAGAGUGUUCGUUUUCACUAGCCUUUACAGCAAAAUGAAAGCUUACGCAUUCGUGGUAGCCGCCGCUUUCGUGGCUGUCGCCGUCUUCGCUGAGGACAAGAAAGAUGACUCAAAAGAAGACGAAAGACCGAAGACCUUCAGGCGGCUUAUCCCCGCUGAUGUCCUCAGAGACUUCCCCGGCAUGUGCUUCGCCUCCACCCGGUGCGCCACCAUCGAACCCGGCCACACCUGGGAGCUAGCCCCCUUCUGCGGACGCUCCACCUGUGUCCGCGCUGAGGACGGCGCCACCCUCCUGGAGCUCGUCGAGGACUGCGGCCCUCUCCCCAAGAACAACCCCAAGUGCAAGCUCUCCGAGAAGACCAACAAGACUGCUCCCUUCCCGGAAUGCUGCCCCAUCUUCGAGUGCGAAGAGGGUGUCAAGCUCGAGUACCCCGAGAUCCCAGUCGUCAACCCCCAGGGAGCCUCCUCUGCUGAGAGCACGACGGCCAAGACCAAGGCUAAGGCCAAGGCAUAAACCAUCGAUCCUCAAAAUACCAACCCCCUCUUCAUCCCCUAUCCUUUGUCCGGCCGUGCCCUCUAAAUUAACGGCUUCGUUCGUAAUCGUGUCGGCAACUUUAAGUCGGCGACUCUACUUAUUUGAACUGAACUGUGUUUUGCAAGAUGGAGCUAAGAUUUCCGGCGUAAAUGUAAAAGGACUUAUCUGCAUAGAAAAAUUAAUCACAUUCAUCUUGUUUUUAAAGUUAGCUGGAAAUAGUGGUUCCUCGUUGCGAAAUAUACUCCAGUUUGACGGCGUUAUUUAGAAUUGGUCUAACUUCAUUAUACGUUACUUAGGUUUUUCGUGUUUUAUUUUUUGACUGAAAACCAAACAACGUUCUAGAGCUUCAUUUUGACGAUCCUUCGCUGCAUUUUAGUGAUCGUGCGAUGUAUAUGAUACAUAUAUUAUUAUAUUUUAUAAUAUGGCACGUAUAAUCUGUAUAAUAUAUUUUAUUCGGAAAUCAGGCAACGUGAAAUGCAGUUAGACUGAUUCUAUUUAAAGCCGUAAAAUCGAAUCAAUGUCAUGAAUACAGCCUCGAAAAAUAGGCGCAUAAUGGUUUCUUCCAGUUGAUGGCACGAUUACGAACGGGGCGCCAAGUCGGGAAACCAAUCACGUAAUCUAGAACCACUUCCUUGCAAGUCCCCCGUCAACAAAAGAAUAGCUUGUGUUCCUAUACUUGCAAUCUCUUCCUCUGUAAAAUUCUUGUUUUUGUAACGACGUCGAAAUCUCACUUUUCCCGCCUUUUUUGUAUAUUUUGUUUGUUUAGGUUAAUUGUCUCUCUUGAUCUUCCUUUCUCUUCCUCUCUCUAUUUAUCUUUCUUCUCUUCUGUUUUUCCUUGUGACUUGUGAUUUUUUUUUCUUUUUUGUAUCUAAGUGUAUUUUUUAUUUUUUGAAUAAAAAUUGCUUAAAACACAUA